AUGAGUAUCUUGUCAAAUAGAUGGAGACAUAUUUGGAAAUCUCUACCAGUUCUUAGUUUCAAGAACAAUCUGAUUGAAAUUAAUGGAUUUAGGCAUUUUGUUACUGCAGCACUCAUGCUUCACGACCAUACUGAUAUACGUACUCUAUCUUUUCUAUGGAUUGAUCCCCUUAAUACCGACAUUGAUAUAGGUGAUGUUCUUAAUACAUGGGUACUUUAUGCUGUUAAACGGAAAGUUAAAGAGUUGGUGUUUUCUGUUAUAGUUGAUAAACCUCAGUCGUUUGAGUUUCCUGAGUGUGUCUAUAACUGUGAGUGGUUGACGGAUUUGCAUUUAUACUUGGGUAGUAUGUAUCAUUCUACACUUCGCCUGCCUGAGUCGAUACAUUUACCUAAUCUGAAAUCCGUGAAGUUUGAAGCUCUUCAUUUGAAUGAAGUUGAAUGA